AUGCCAUGGGACGACCUGGCAGCAGAGAAGGUCGCCUGCUUCAGCCACCGCCAGAUGGGGCGGAAGGCACCAGUCCUUCCCACGCACACCGUGCAAGAUUGGUUGAACGGAGACUCCGUUGAAGCUCUUCAGAUGGAGGAUGGUGUCUUGGAGCAUGGAUUCGUCACGGCCAUCAUCGUCUGUGUACGUUCGCGCUUGGUGCAGCAUGCAGGCACCGAGCAAAUGAACGUUUUGGUUGAAGAACAAGCAUGCUUCCCCAAUGGUAAACUGAGCUUCGCUUCAGCUGUUCUCAACAUGAUCGAUGCUUUCGACGAGGCACUAAGUGCACAGAUGACGCCAGAUGCAAAGCAAGUCUUCACGACGCAGUUUUCAACAACAGGCAGCAGUGAUCGGAUCGCUACAGGCAUCGCCCUCAUGGGUAAAAGUUCUUCGAGUUCCAUUGGGGCCCUACGUGCUGCUUUCCAUCUGUGA